AUUAUUCACAACACAAAUCAAUUCUUCUCUAAUCUAAUAAGUAUGGCAACCCGGAGCCAACCGGGACAUUUAUAUUCAAUGCUUUUUGCUGUAGUUUUCUGUCUUAUAGCCACUAGUGUGGUGGCUGAUUAUAAGCCUUAUGAUCAUGCUUCUCCACCCCCACCUUACCAUCCUAAACACUACAAGCCUUCUCCAUACUAUAAAAGCUCUCCACCACCACCAAUGCAUGUGAAACACCCACCAUAUUACUAUAAAUCACCACCCCCUCCAAAAUAUGUAAAACACCCUCCAUAUUACUACAAAUCGCCACCCCCACCAAAAUAUGUAAAACACCCGCCGUAUUAUUAUAAGUCGCCGCCUCCGCCAAAAUAUGUAAAGCCUCCAGUGUAUAAAUAUAAAUCUCCACCUCCACCAAAAUCUUACUACUACAAUUCACCUCCUCCGUACUACUACUCAUCGCCGCCGCCUCCAAAGAAGUCCCCACCUCCUCCGUACUACUACUCAUCGCCGCCGCCCCCGAAGAAGUCCCCACCUCCACCGUACUACUACUCAUCGCCGCCGCCCCCGAAGAAGUCCCCACCUCCACCGUACUACUACUCAUCGCCGCCGCCCCCGAAGAAGUCCCCACCUCCACCGUACUACUACUCAUCGCCGCCGCCCCCGAAGAAGUCCCCACCUCCACCGUACUACUACUCAUCGCCGCCGCCCCCGAAGAAGUCCCCACCUCCACCGUACUACUACUCAUCGCCGCCGCCCCCGAAGAAGUCUCCACCUCCUCCGUACUACUACUCAUCGCCGCCGCCUCCGGUGAAGUCCCCACCUCCUCCGUACUACUACUCAUCGCCGCCGCCUCCAAAGAAGUCCCCACCUCCACCGUACUACUACUCAUCGCCGCCGCCUCCAGUGAAGUCCCCACCUCCUCCGUACUACUACUCAUCGCCGCCGCCUCCAGUGAAGUCCCCACCUCCUCCGUACUACUACUCAUCGCCGCCGUCUCCAGUGAAGUCCCCACCUCCUCCGUACUACUACUCAUCGCCGCCGCCUCCAAAGAAGUCCCCACCUCCACCGUACUACUACUCAUCGCCGCCGCCUCCAAUGAAGUCCCCACCUCCUCCGUACUACUACUCAUCGCCGCCGCCUCCAAAGAAGUCCCCACCUCCACCGUACUACUACUCAUCGCCGCCGCCUCCAGUGAAGUCCCCACCUCCUCCGUACUACUACUCAUCGCCGCCGCCUCCAGUGAAGUCCCCACCUACUCCGUACUACUACUCAUCGCCGCCGCCUCCAGUGAAGUCCCCACCUCCACCGUACUACUACUCAUCGCCGCCGCCUCCAGUGAAGUCCCCACCUCCUCCGUACUACUACUCAUCGCCGCCGCCUCCAGUGAAGUCCCCACCUCCUCCGUACUACUAUUCAUCGCCGCCGCCUCCAAAAAAAUCCCCACCUCCUCCUUACUAUUACAGUUCCCCACCUCCACCAUCACCUUCACCCCCUCCUCCUUACUAAUAUCAAUGUCCACCAUUCCCUACUUGCUCUCCUCAUCCUCCACAAUACUGAAUAUCUUCACCACCUUUAUAUUACUAUUGUUAAAUUCAUUAUGGAAUGAAUUUGAGAAGUCAAAAUAAGAAUAUUUUGCUCUA